GUUUCUCAUCUCAUUCUCUCUCUCUUUCUCUCUAAUGGUUCUUCCUCUGUUUUAGGAUUUUGAUCAUCUAAAAUUUUCAAUUUCUCUUGAUCCUCACUUGAAUCUUUUUGUUUCUCUCAUAUCUUGAUCCUUUCCUUUGUUUUUCAUCUGCCUUUUUAAAAAAAAUUCUGGUGUGCCAUUAAAUCUUAUUAAUGGCACAACUUCCUCCGAAAAUCCCAACCAUGACGACGCCUAAUUGGCCUGACUUCUCCUCCCAGAAACUCCCUUCCAUUGCCGCAACAGCCGCGGCCGCGGCAACCGCCGGACCACAACAACAAAACCCUUCAUGGAUGGAUGAGUUUCUCGACUUCUCGGCGACUCGCCGUGGGACUCACCGUCGUUCAAUAAGCGACUCCAUUGCUUUUCUUGAACCACCUUCCUCCGGCGUUGGAAACCACCACUUCGAUAGGUUUGACGAUGAGCAAUUCAUGUCCAUGUUCAACGACGACGUACACAACAACAAUCAUCAUCAUCAUCAUCACGGCAACAACAUCAACGGCAAUGUGGGUCCCACGCGUUCCUCCUCCAACACCUCCACGCCGUCCGAUCACAAUAGCCUUAGCGACGACGACAACAACAAAGAACAACCACCGUCCGAUCAUGAUCAUCAAAUGGACAAUAACGUAGCCAAUCAAAACAACGCCGCCGGUAACAAUUACAACGAAUCGGACGAGGUCCAAAGCCAGUGCAAGACGGAGCCACAGGAUGGUCCGUCAGCGAAUCAAAACUCCGGUGGAAGCUCCGGUAACCGGAUUCACGAUCCCAAAAGGGUAAAAAGAAUUUUAGCAAAUAGACAAUCAGCACAGAGAUCAAGGGUCAGGAAAUUGCAAUACAUAUCAGAGCUUGAACGGAGCGUUACUUCAUUGCAGACUGAAGUGUCAGUGUUAUCGCCAAGAGUUGCGUUUUUGGAUCAUCAGCGAUUGCUUCUCAACGUCGACAAUAGUGCUAUCAAGCAACGAAUCGCAGCUUUAGCCCAAGAUAAGAUUUUCAAAGACGCUCAUCAAGAAGCAUUGAAGAGAGAAAUAGAGAGACUUCGACAAGUAUAUCAUCAACAAAGCCUCAAGAAGAUGGAGAAUAAUGUCUCCGAUCAAUCUCCGGCCGAUAUCAAACCGUCCGUUGAGAAGGAGCAGCUCCUCAAUGUCUAAAGCUGUUCGUUCAUCAAGAUCUUAUUUCUUCAUGGCGAAAAGAUUCUUGACUAUAAAACCUCUUUGUGUCA